GGAAAUCUCGCAGUGAUCACAACAGGUGAGCACUAAUUGAUAAACAUCCCAUUUCUAUUUUAGCCGGUUCUCCUUCAUGGUUCGGGAUUAUAAAUGAUGAGUCGAGCAUUUCUUUGAACCUUUUCUCAAUCACGUCAGGUGAUCACAAGAAACUCGAGUUUUACUCGUUUUAGCACCAGUUUGUGGGAAAAUGCCCUCAAACAACAAUAACCAGAAAGUGGCUCCUAGUGCAAUAGACAGGAUUACAAAGCUGCCCGUGGUUCGUUCAGCUUGUUCCACGCUGUCAGACCUGUAUAAAGGUACUAAAUGUAACCAUUCCAACCUGAAGUUCUUGUGUGAAGCGCUGGAAAGCAGAAUGACCGCCUUAAGCACCGCGGCCUACACCCGAAUCUCACCUGCCCUUGGAAAACUGGAGCCCCAGAUUUCCAUCGCAAAUAGUGUCGCGUGCAAAGGUCUCGACUGGCUGGAAACCUCUUUUCCGGUGCUGCUGUCGCCCACAGAAGAGGUUGUCGUCACUGCCAAGAACAAGAUAAUUGAGAUUCAGGAUGUGGUGAGCAUUGCAGCCAGUGGAACUAUUGAUUGCGUUCAGCACACAGUGACGUGGGUGAAGGGCAGGGUGCUUCUGGCGGAUGAUGGCCUAUCACUGGUGGACAGAGCCAUCGGUGUAGCCGCUGUGGGUCUGGACUCAGCUCUGACCCUGUCAGAGGCUCUGAUGGAUCAUGUCCUACCCCAAACGGAGGAUGAAGAGAAACAAGCCCACUUGGUAGAGGGUUUUGAGACGGCCACUCAUGGUAGAAGUUAUUCUGUGAGAAUGAGCAACCUCACUGGGAAACUGUGUCGGAGGACCUACUAUGCAGUUGGCUCUAAAAUCCCAUCAUUUCAGCUGAGAGAAAGUUUAUCCAGGUCUACCCAUCUGGUCCAGGACCUUCACACCAGCUGUUGGACCCUGGCUCUGAGCAUUCAGGGACUGCCUCAGUACCUGCAGCAUCAGGCGGGUUCCAUGUUUGUCUUCAUUGCCCACUUGUACAACUUGGGCUUUCAGUCACAAGGGAGACGGUCUCAAGGUCCACGCCGACGUGGCGCUGCUGAAGCUUUUCCCACGAAGGAGCUGGGUCGCCUACAGAACAUGCCCACCUUCCGAAUGAGGCCCGCCAGGACGGCACCACUAGAGAACGGCUGUAAUGUUAAGGGAUGUGUGAGGGGAAAUUGCAACUGAUGCUGGGCUAUAAAAUGAAUAUUUUUGGAAACUAAUGUAAAAUAAAAUUCUGAAGCUACGUGAA